AUGGGGAGCGCGAAGCCAGAAGCCUUCCAUGAUUGGAUCCCGAUCGCUUCGCUUCCCAAGGCCAAGCUUCUGGUUUUCGCGUGGCCGGCAGCAGCUGCCGUUGGCGCCGUGGACGCCGUGGCCAUGCACCUGCACACAGAAGGCCAAAGAGCCUUCGGCUUCACCAAAGUGCUCGAAGUCGUGCUGUUCACGAAUUUUCUGCUCACGCUGUUAAUGUAUCUGACGUCCUUGGUGGCAGUCCUGCGCACACCGUCACCGAGCGCCGUCGUGAGGCGCGCAUCCUUGCGUGCCUUGGCCUAUCCGUGUGGCUUCCUCAUCACUGCGUUUCCAGACUGGCUGCUCUACAUCCGGGUCAUCCCGGAGAACGUGUGGAGCGGCCGGCUGGCGAGCUUGGCCAUGUACAGCAACGGUUGGGUGAAUGCAGCCGUCUACGGCUGCCAGAAUCGUCAUCUAUGCCCCGGGAGCAGGCUGACAACGCCAGGGCUCGCUCUGCAGGGGCGGCGUGGCUCUUCGCCUUCUUCGCCCUUGCCUUUACUACCUUCCUUCCACGUCGGCUUCCGCGUGGGUGACUCCCGCUCCUUCUUACAAACGGUCUCUUCUGAAGAUCCUUGCGCGGAGGAGGAGACUGGAGCUGCAAAGGAGCCCGGCACGGCGGACUCUGCGGAGGCCGUGAGGGACCCGACGCUAUGCCAAAGAGCUGCAUGA